AUGUUUUUGUAUAAGAAGAUAGAAGAAGGGAUGGUCAACAGAAGGAAAAGAGCACUAAAGAGCCAUUUGUUUUUGUUUGCCGCUGUUAUGUGUAUCUCUAGGCUUGGAAUGUAUUUAGCAGCAAGCGCGCCACUGGAAGAGACCAUAGAAAGGCAAAGCAUAGAAAAUAUCAGCAGAACAUGUGAAAGUAGCACAUUCAAAGACGAUCAAGAGAGCGAAGACGUGAAGAAAAACAUACAUGCGUCUCCCUGCGUAGAUGGUGUAAUUUACAAAACCGAAGUGUUUAUGAACAUAGAUCCUUCGCCGCCUCAGAGUACAGGAACCAAUGACAAAAAUAUAAAAGAAAAGUGUUUUAAAGCAGAAAAUGCGAAGAUAGAAAACCUCAUAGCAGCAAUAGAAGCUAGCCUCUCUGAGCAUGCAGAGAAGUGUAGUGGUCUGAAGAAAAAAAUAAAUAUACACGAGACUGCGCAGGAAGAGAAUUCAAAUGAGAAUACAGCAAAUGCAGUAGAGUCAGAAAGUGCACAGGCCUCUAGUGGCAUAUCAAGUGAACAAGCACUUAGCAAAUUACAAAAGGCUGCGGAUAGACUAUACACAGAUAAGGAAAACCUCCUGCCAAUUGUAGCUGCUGAGUAUGAAAAGAUAAAACUAACAAAAAAGAAGAUAUUCAGAGAACUAAAAAGUCUUUAUACAGAGUACUGUGCGUACAUGGAGCAGAAAAAAGAAAUCCAGAAAAAUAUUAAUGACCACUUUAAGGAAAGCAAAUAUAUGAAUAAAAUGAAGGAAUGCGAGUAUAAAGACUAUGAGGCACAUCUGAACAAUCUAACCAUAGUAGAUCUAAGUAUAAAGGAGUUGAAAGCUGAUAUUAAGGAGAUUAAACUUGCAAUCGAGAUAGGCAUUCAGAAAUGCACACGCUAUAAAAUGAACAAUGAAAACAAGGAAUUCCGCUGCCUUAGCCAUAAGAAAUUCAUAGAGUAUAUAGAUACGUGUUAUACACCCACAAUGAACGCGCGCAAUUACCAAUGCUAUAAAACAUGGGAAUUCAAUAGGCAGGUAUGGAUGCGGGAGAAAAUACAGUAUUUAUUAAGAAAGGCGGAAUUAAAGCAUGUAGUCAAAACAGAAAAGUCAGAAGAGGCUGUGUCUAUAGCAGAAGCUGCAAAGGAAAUGCAAAAUCAAAAUAAAAAAGAGGCAAAGAAGAUUACAGAUGUUUCAGAGGCGAUACUCCAACUUUAUAUUCUAAAUGAGCAGAUUACUUUAAAUGAUAAACUGCUAUCCCAUUUGAUACUUAAUACCAGGAGAAGCGCUGCAGAAGAGACAAUGUCAACGGAAGAGGAACAAAACUGUGCAAAGGACCGCCAUUCGCCUUUUUUCUUCGAUGUUGAAGAGCAAGAAACGUCUGUAUAA